AUAUGAUGAAAGAUACUGCUUAUUACGUGAAGAAGAUGGCAGAGUUCAUGGGAUACCCUUUUUCUCCUGAGGAAGAACAAGAAGGGGUGGUGGAGAAAAUAGUAAAGAUGUGCAAUUUUGAGUUUCUUAGUAACUUGGAAGUAAACAAAACAGGAAAGUCGGAGAACUUAUUUAAUACGCUACAAAACAAUAUAUUCUUUCGGAAAGGUAAGGUCGGGGAUUGGAAGAACCAUCUUACGCCUGAAAUGACAGAGUGUCUCAAGAAGAUAAUGGAACAAAAACUAAGUGGCACUGGCUUGACCUUCAAUGCCUUCUGAUCUGCAUGCUUGGGUCUUGGAAAAUAUUCCUUUGCUGCCUCUGCUGAUUAUUCGCAAACUAACGUUUUCUAAUCUCUAUAUUAUCGAGGAAAUAAAAAGGUAGCAAAGGUUUUAUGUGUGAAUUGGUUUUGGAAUUGUAAGCUAGCUUUAAUAAAUGGAAUACAGAAUA